GCGAGAAACAAAACGUGACUAGGCACCCAAAGAGUCCUGUUAUGCAACUACUGACCUACUAACAUACAAUUGGAGACAUUGAGAGAGUGAGGAAGAAAUUGUAGCAAGUCCCCAACGUAACACGAGAAGCAGAUUCAAAAUAAGCGACACUGAAUUCAUGCUCAGAUACAAGCACUAAUCACAGAGCUCGCACUCUACGUGAAGGACGAUCGCACAUUUGAAUUCGAUAGACGUCGGAAAUAGGAAUUGUUGAACAGUAACGUGGCUGCUAUAUUAGGCUUCGCACUGUGGGCUUUUAUUUACGCAUACAAGCCUUUCAUCUUGCAACCUACUGGAGAAGGAGAGGCAGCGCCCUUCCCAAGAGACUGACAAGCCGAGAUGGACUGAGUGACCUACAUCCUGCAACACGCCUGGAGCAGUAGGGCACAUCUCUGUCUGCUCAGCACAGCACUCUCGCAAAAAGUUUGAAAAACAAACAGAGAAAAUAAGGUCAGAGAAUCAUUCAGCGAAGCUCGUCACAUUCCCCACUCCAGGAAUUAUUUUAUUUUCUCUCUCUACAAGGCGGCUUUGACCCACUUUUCUGUGAGAAAGCUGAAGAGACUUGCCUAGAGAAAGGCGGAACAUACAUUGGAUAAAUGAGGGUAAUUAACGCAGAGUUCCACCUUUUCUUGAUCUUCUUGGCCAACGUAGACACUUGAACUAUAAGUUCAUUCAUUCAGUGACAUAUAGCUGAAUCCCACCGUUUCUUAUCACCCCAUUCCUUGAGUUUCUUUUCCAGUGGUUGUAGCAAUAUUCCAAACUGGCCUCCACUGAGCAACAAUGGAAAGCCUGAAUUCACAACUCCAAUCAGCAAGCUCAGAAAAUAACCUGGACAACCUAGAGACCUACUCUAACUACGAAGAGUCUCUCCCAUCGCCCCUAGGAACCCCCUCUCGCCAGGGGCGUCUCGUCAAGCCCAAGCCCAGCAUGAGUUGCAGACGCAAGCGUGAGUUCAUCUCUGAUGAAAAGAAGGAUGCCUCCUACUGGGAGAAGCGCCGUAAGAACAACGAGGCGGCCAAACGCUCCAGGGAGAAGCGCCGACUGAACGACAUGGUAUUGGAGAACCGCGUCAUGGUGCUGAAUGAUGAGAACUGCCGCCUGAAGACGGAGCUGCUGCAGCUGAAGCUGCGCUUUGGCCUUAUCAGCACUGCCUCCUACAUGGAGAAGAGCCAGCAGCUCACUAGUGGAGUCAACAAUGGAGGCAAUGCGGGAUCCUCCACAUCCUCCUCCAACUACUACUCCAGCGGCUACUCCAGUAGCUCCCAGGUGAUGAUGAACUCUGACUCCUCUGAGACUGAGCAGUCAGGCAGCGGGGGGGGACAUAGUCAACUGGUGACGUACUCCCCGCAUGGGUCCCUCUCAGACAUGUCAGACAGGUCCUCCCGGGACAGCCCAGAGCCUACGGUCUACGAGAUCAAGCAGGAGGAAAGCAGCCUGGAGAUGGACAUUGGAAGCAGCAUGUUCAACGUCCACCAUAGCCUGUCCUCCACACAUCACCAGGAGGAGAUGGCGUCGGUCUACCGCAGCCAACAGCACCACUCCCACUCCUACCACCACCGGGAGAGCAUCACCAGCCAGACCAGUCAGGCCCCUCCACCCACCCAACAGAGGAGUGUCAUCCUCUACCGCUCCAGUAGUGCCUCCUACCCUGUGGAGAGCCAAAGGCAGCAGGACAUGGAUCAACAGACAGCCCAACAGCAGAGUGCUCAGGCCAGCCGUCUGGCCCAGGCUCGAGUGUGCCUCACAGAGAGCUCAGAGAGACUGGCAGAGGUGACCAAGCAGAUGGAGAGGAAGACGUUAGACUCCCCUCCGUACCACUACUCAAACUGCCACAGCGAGGCAGGAGAGAGGCAGGUGUACAGAGCUCUGCAACAGGAGCAAAAGACCCAGAGGGGCCUCACUCCAGACAUCCUCCAAAAACAGGAGGCCAUCACGUCCCACAACCAGGCUAGUCACUGCUACCUCAGCGCCCAGGACGAGGAGCCCCCCAUACUGACCUAUGAGGGCGGGGCCAGGAAUGAGGGGUACUACCAGGAACACUCAACCUCAGGCAAAGACACCUCCUCUAGUGACAAUGACCCCCGCAGCUCUGACAAGGAGGCCUCCACAGACGACGAGUCCCCGUCCUCCUCCAUCUCUGACACUGGGAGCUACCUCCAGCACCUGUGUGUCUCACACCAGCCAGGGUCCCCUAUGCCCUCCCCUCAGGGCUCCUCCCAAUGCCAAAACGGGGAUGCCCAGGCAGAGGUUAAGGGCACUGCCCUGCCCCACAAACUGCGUCUCAAACACAAAGCCAUGAGUUCCCAGCAGGACUCUCCACCCACCCCUCCUCCUUCCUCUAUCCUACCCCUUCCCCAGCACCCUUACCUGGCCCUCACGCAGCAGCAGAGCGGCAAAGAGAGGGAGAGUGAGAGCCAGCCCCCCACAGGGUUCUGUAAGCAGCAGUCCUCAGCUGAGUCAAGGAAGGAGAGUGGGAAAAAGGAGGAGUCAAGCGGACGCCGUAACAACAGACGAGACUAAGUGCCUCUAGAACACUUGAGGGUAACACAAACUUGUUGAGGUUCCUUACAUUGUGAGGUGUCUCUGAUGCUGCCUUUGAACGAAAUACGCUCUUUCCCUUUCCCAUCCUCAGUCUCAAUCCACUAUCAUCCCUUUACCUCCAUCUACACCUCCCUCACCUUCAAGCCCUGGGACUAAAAAGCUGUACUUGCUAAAUAAAGCUCAAAACAGGAUUUCUGGGUGAACUGUAUUAUAUUUGUAUAUAUUGUAUAGACUUUUCAAUUUUUGCGUCUUCUCCAUAAUUACAGAAGGACUUUUGUUUAUAAAUGAGAGGAGGGAUGAAACUCUUUCAUAUCAUUUUUCAACAAGAUUAAUUUUAAAUCGUCAAACCACAGUUGGUCGUUUCAAAUGAGAAUAUAAGUUGACCAUUAUUGGAACUAUACCUGCACAUCUGGCUUUAGACAAACAUAGCAGCAACGUUCUGGGAACAUUCCCUUGACCAAAGAAGUUCCAUCCCUCUUCCCUAACCCUACCUCUACCAAUCCAUAUUUUCCCUUCCCAUCUCCAUGAUCUCACACAGCCCAUCCAUUAUCUUUAUUUUUCAAGCACUUGGUUUGUAUAUUACUGUUAUAUAUAAAUAUACCAAUAAUUUAUACAUAUAUUUUUUCUAACAAAACAAACAAGAAAAUGCAAAAAAAUGCGACAAACUCGAGGCAAGAAAGGAUUUGGACGUUAUCAUCCUGUUUUUGUCAGAAUUACUGUACAGUCACAUUGUGUCUACUGUUGCAAACACCACUUAAAUUAAAAAGCCUUUAAUGUAAUCACUUGUUAACUCUGUUUACAGAAACAUGGCCAAUAGCUUUUAAUGCAGCUUGCCUGUUAUUACUGUAGAUCUUUAAGAUCUUAGACAGCAUUCAAUCAAAGUCAAUCUGAGACAGAACUAGGCUACUGGCCUAAAGUUUAGCAGUAUCAACAGUCUAGACUUCCACUGUUCCCAUCUCUUAGCCCGAUGUAUUGAUUCAUAUGCCCACCACUGCAGAAAAGCCCAUAGGAACAUAGACUAAAAUAUGAAUCUGUAGAAAGAUAUAAAAGCUGAAGUUAUAACCGUAAAGUGGGGACAUAUAGGGGUGGGAGUUCUUUUAAAUAUAGUAAUAUAAUCUAAAUGAUAUCUGUAUGAUAUUUUAACCCUGAGUGAGGCCACCUAGCAAAUCAGCAAAUCUACACACUACACAAUGCACUGAGCUCAGAACCUCAAGCUGAAGUCCUAUUUGAAAUGUUGUGGUUUGACCUGACUGCCCUAGAGACACGGAGUUAAACCCAGAUACUAGCUAAUUGGAUCUCUGAAACAGAGGCUAAUUUACCAUAUUACACAAAUAGUCCAUGACAUUAGAAAAACCUGGUUUAGAAUUAAUCAGAGCUAUUCCAAGUAAGUUUAGUAAAAACCAAGGACAAUCUCUACUUUGUUAAAGAAAUUGGGAUUUCCCCUUUUUCCAAUGUGCCUCUGUAGUGUAAUACAUGGGGCAUCCACCCCCGGCCUUUGUUUUCCUCGUAUUGGGUGAUAAUGAGAAGCCUGCACUGUACCACACAGUUUUAUAAAGUAUAUGUUUAGCUUUUUUGGCACUUGUGUAUAAAUGUAAAGCUUUCCCUCUCUCGGACAACACUGUAAUGUUAAUUUCAUAGUUUUUUUUUUUUUCUGACAAGUGUUGUUGUGUUAUUAUCUUAUUGUGUCUUUCUCCUAUUGACUGUGAUGAUGUAUUUGCCCCGUACCCCCAUCCUCCUUUUUUUCAAUGUGUAUUAAUCAGUGAUGCUUGUGUUUUUGCUGAUGGUUUUAUGAAAAAGAUACAGAAAAGGACAAAAAAGAUGCAGACGAGACUUGUGUGGUGUUUAGCAGUAGGUAGUGUCUAGGUCAUCACCACCCUUCUUUCUGCCAUGGCUGUGUAUGGAGACACUAAUAUUCAUCAUGGAAGAUGGAUGCAUUUCAAGAUUGAAAACAAUAAAAAGGAUGUUGAAUCUCUCGACAUAUCGUUACAAAUA